AUGACUACAGCCGCUCGGCCAACUUUCGAGCCUGCAAGAGGUGGACAAGGUCGAAAUGAAAAAGAUCUCAGUGCCAUUUCUAGACAAUAUUCCAGCAGAGAUUUACCAGGGCACACGAAGUUAAAAUACAGGGAACAUGGACAGGGGACAAUUGAUGAAACCAGAUCAAGAGAUUUCAGAAAGGAACUUGAAGACCGUGAAAGAGACAAAAGGCCUGGAGCUAGAGCUACGGAGCAAAACAAGAGGCUAAAAAUCGAUCAAGUACCUGCCGCCAGCUUAGAUGCAGAUGACCCAUUAGACGAUGAAGAUUCAGAUUCUAGUGAUGAUGAUGACGAUACUGAGGCAUUACUUGCAGAGUUAAAUAAAAUUAAGAAGGAAAGAGCAAUUGAGAUAGCCAAGAAAGAAAGAGAGAGAAUGCAGGAAGAAGAAAGAAUAAGAAUGGAAAAUAUUUUAAGUGGAAACCCUUUACUAACUCACUAUUCUGCUGGAUCUACUAAAACAGAUCACAAAGUGAAGAGACGAUGGGACGAUGAUGUAGUUUUUAAGAAUUGCGCUAAAUCUGAGUUUGAGAAAAAAGCAAAUGUGUUUAUUAAUGAUUCAUUAAGGUCUGAAUUCCAUAAAAAGUUUAUGGAAAAAUAUGUAAAAUAA